AUUAAUUACUCUGAAACAGUAAAACAGUGACAAGUAUUUAGAAACGGAAGAGGAAUUACAAAAAACAAAAACAAAUUAACCAACGCCUCUGCUUUCUUUAGCAAACACUGUCCAGCUAAAUCGAGCGGGACUCUUUCCAAAUCGUGGAUCCCCUCAACUUCGGACACCCUCCUCCAUUGACCAUUCCCUCUUCUCCAACGGCCCCCAUUGCAUCCGCCAUUGCCCGGAGCUCGCUUCCCGGCUCCUCCAAUCGCCAUUGCCAUCGCCAAGGAAGAUCGAGAGAUCAGAGGACCAAGGUUAACAAUCAAUUGCAACGAUGGAGCGGAUUCCGAUCCCGAUGGCGAUGCUGCCGCAGAAGUCGAGCAGCUUCUCGCAGGCCACCGUGCGGCAGCACCAGCAGCAGGGGAGCGACCACGAGAAGCUCGGCCGCAACCUCUCCCUCGGCGCCAUCAAGCUCUCCGAGCACGUCGACCGCCUCAAGAAGGAAUCCGCCGCCGCCGCCGAGGAAGCUUCCUCCGCCGCGGCAGCUGGCGGCGAGGAGGCGGAGCCGCCGCCGUACGAGGAGCCGGACCUGGCGGCGCUGUCGGUGGAGAUCGACGCCUUCCUCGCCAGCCGCGCCGAAGGGGAUUCGGCCGCAGCAAUCUCGGAGGUGACCCUGGACCGGUUCGCGUCCGCCGUGGAGAUGGAGAUCGCGGCCACCGUCGAGGGGGACGACGACAGGUGGGCCUCGGCCGCGGCGGAGGACGGUGGUGGCGGCGGCGAGCAGAAGAACCCGCCGCGGGUGCUGCUCGACGCCAUCCGCCGGAUCUCCACGCUCGCCGCCGCGCUCACCACCAACAAUGCCGCCCCCGCCGCCGCAGCCGCGGAGACGGACGCCGCCGCCACCGCCGGGGGUGGCAACAAGAAGGGGUACACGAUCGGCGUCCACCGCGUGACGGGCGUGCUCCACCGCGCCAUGGCGUUCCUCGAGGACGAACUCUACGCGCUCCUCGAGGACAUCCCCUCCAACAGCAACCCCGGCAGCGCCAAGGCCAUGCGCCGCCCGCCUUCCUUCUCCGCCGCGGCCCACGGCGCCGACUCCGACCGCUGCGUCCUCCCCCUCCCCUCCUCCGCCACCGCCACCACCACCACCACCCCCGAAACCCCCGCCGGCGCCGGGGGAGACAACUCCUCCGCCUCCAACUCGAACCAGCCGCAGCCGCUGUUCCCGCCGGAGACGGUGGACAGGCUGCGGGCCAUGGCGGACGCCAUGGCGCACGCAGGGUAUUCGACGGAAUGCGAGCAAGUGUUCCUCAUCUCCCGCCGCAACGCGCUCGACAGCGCCCUCCAGGCGCUCGGCUACGAGAAGGCCAGCAUCGACGACGUGGUGAAGAUGAGCUGGGAGUCUCUCGAGGCGGAGAUCGGGGCCUGGAUCAAGGCCUUCCGCCACGUCAUCAACGUCGGCCUCUCCGCCGAGCACGACCUCUGCGUCCGCGUCUUCCCUCCGUCCAGCUCCAAUGGCAAUGGCAAUGGCAACGUCGGCAAGGAGAUCUUCGCCGACCUGGCACGGUGCGCGCUGCUGCAGAUGCUCAACUUCACGGAGGCCGUGGCCAUGGCGAAGCGCGCUGCCGAGAAGCUCUUCAAGGUUCUCGACAUGUACGAGGCCAUCCGCGACUCCGCCCCCGUCGUCGACGCCUUCCUCGACAUGUACACCCCCAAUGCCGGCACCGGGCACGAAGCCCUCUCAGACCUCCAGUCAGAGCUCGCCUCGGUACAGUCCCGGCUCGGCGAGUCCGCCGCCGCCAUCUUCUGCGACCUGGAGAGCUCCAUCCGCGCCGACGCCGGGAAGCAACCCGUCCCGGGCGGCGCGGUACACCCGCUAACCCGCUACCUAAUGAACUACCUCAAAUAUGCGUGCGAGUACAAGAACACGCUGGAGCAAGUGUUCCGGCAGCACCACCACCGGCCCGACUCCGACGACCCGCCGCCAUCCUCCACCGACAACAACAGCAGCAGCAACAACAACAACAACAAUGCAAACACCAACGAGAACAACCCUUUCGCAGCUCAACUCAUGGAAGUCAUGGAGCUGCUCCACGGCAACCUCGAAGCGAAAUCCCGCCUCUACAAAGACCCGGCCCUCAGCAGCAUCUUCCUCAUGAACAACGGGCGCUACAUGCUCCAGAAGAUCCGUGGAUCCCCGGAGAUCAACGCGGUGGUCGGAGAAGCGUGGGCUCGCAAACGGUCCACGGAUCUCAGACAGUACCACAAGAACUACCAGCGGGAGACGUGGAACCGGGUGCUGAACAUGCUCCGGGACGACGGCAGCAUCACGGUGAAGGGCCACGUGCAGAAGCCGGUGCUCAAGGAGCGGUUCAAGCAGUUCAACGCCGCCAUGGACGAGAUACACCGGAACCAGGGGAGCUGGGUGGUUAGUGAUGAUCAGCUGCAGUCGGAGCUCAGGGUGUCCAUUGCCGCUGUCGUGGUGCCGGCGUAUAGGUCGUUUCUUGGGAGGUUCGCGCAGAGCUUCAGCGCCGGCAGGCAGACGGAGAAGUAUAUCAAGUUGAGCGCCGACGAUCUCGAGAACAUUAUCGACGAGCUCUUUGAUGGUAACACCGCUUCCAUGCCCCGGAGAAGAAAUUGACAUUAACUAUACAAAAUUGAACAUCCAUUCGGUUAACAAAAUCAGACGUGCUCUCUUCUUGAUCUCGUCGGCACAAAAAAUGUACUGUACUCCUCUGUUGUUCUUCUUGUGAUUUUUUUAUGAUUUUUUUUGUCUUGAUCAAUUAAUCGAUCCUCAGUUUGUGGUGGCAGAUAGAUGUAUGUAUGUGUGUGUAUCCCUUUGAUCGGUCCAUCGAUCUUGAUGUGUGUUUUAAUUAAUGGAUCACCUGUUUAUAUAUAUAUAGUAACGAUAUUCUCCUGAUUGA